GUGAAUAGUAUCAGUAUGGAAGCACUAGGAAUUUAUUAGAAUUCCGGAGUGUUUUCUAGAGAGUUCUAGUAAAUAAGGUGUAGUGUGUGUUGACACAGAGCAAACAUGUAUUGACGUAGACCAGACAGGACGAGAGAAAUCUAGAACUUUCGAGAAAAUGUCCUUCAAUCACCAAUCAGAUUUGGACUUGAUUACAUUGUAGAAAUAUUAGUGUUCUGAUUGGUUGUUGCCUGUCUAGAGAUUAUUGGAUAAUCUCUCUCACCCACUACUAUAUAAGUGAGUUAAACAGUGGACAUUCAAUUCAUAUUGCUGUUCUGUUUCUGUUGUUGUGUUCAAUAUGUCUGGUGGGAAACAACAUAAUGCAGUUAGUAUUCCUGUGAAUCGUGAGCAACGGUCAUUUGAGAGACAGAGACGUGAUCUGUUAACUGGCCUUGAACACGGGAGUGGUACUCAUCGUGGCAACUUAAUCGCACCAUACACGGAAGACUGGCCGAGUACAGUGGACAGUUGGAUCAACUCCUCGUGGAGGCGAUGGGAUGAAGAAAUGCGACGUUUGCGACGUGGAAUGUUUGCACUAUUACCAUUGGAUACUUUCACCCACGGGAUUCUGGAAAAUCCAUUCGCUUUAAUGCACCAAAUGGAUCGUCAUAUCCAGGAUAUCCGAGAGAGAAUGGGCUCAUUGGAUGUGCCGUCGACCGGUUCAGUGAGUGACUUUUUGAAGGACGCCUACGAAGUAGGUGAGGAUGGCAAGGUACAUUUCAAAGUACGAUUCGAUGCACAAGGUUUCGCUCCUCAGGACAUCAAUGUGACGUCGAGUGAGAACCGUGUGACGGUACACGCGAAGAAGGAGACGACGACCGAUGGUGGGAAGUGUAGUCGGGAGUUCUGUCGUAUGGUGCAGCUGCCGAAGAGUAUUGAUGAUAGUCAACUGAAAUGUCGCAUGACAGAUGAUGGUGUUUUGAUGUUGGAGGCUCCAGUGAAGGUUGAUCAGAACCAGUCGUUGACGCUGAACGAGUCUGGUCAGGUGGCUGUUCGACCGAAGUCGGACAAUCAGAUUAAGGCAGUUCCUGCAUCACAAGCUCUUGUUGCGAAAGGUGUUCAUGGUCUGUCGUAUGUGGAUGAUGGUUCAGGUGGGAAGCGACUGCAUGUUGAAGUUCCAGUGGACCCAGUGUACAAACCUGAAGACUUGUGUGUGAAUGUUGAUUCGAAUCGUGUUGUGGUUAGUGGACGUCAUCACAAACAGAAGAGUGAUCAACAUGGAAGGUCGAGCUCAUUUGCAGAGUUCAGUCAGUCGUAUGCGAUUCCAGAGACAGUUGAUCCGUUAUCUGUUUCUGCUCAGGUAGUUGGCAAUACAUUGGUUUUGGAGGCGCCAUUGGAGAAGCAACAUGCGAUUACCCACUAGAAGCAAAAUAAUACGGACUGGAUUUACGAUGAUUCUGAUUCUGAUGAUGAUGAUGAUAAUAAUGAGGGUGACAAUCAUCCUUAUAUGUUUGUGUUAAUUUCCGAAUAAAUUUAUUUACUUAUUU